GACAAGGAAAGCCACGCUUGCCAGUGAUCCCAGCCACGUGAGCGUACGCGACAGGCGAAACGAUCCGAAGUCAAAUUUUGACGCUGCACUCACGGAUACCCCUAUCUUAGAUUUGUUGCUCGAUGACUGUAUUCCAAUUGAGCCUGGAUCAGCUUCUAGAGUUAUCUCAUCAAUUAUCUCUAAUAUAAGGGCGAGGAAGGACCGCUCUCAAGGUGACUUCGUCACGGAGUUGUACGAUUACAAAGGCAAGCCUUCUAGCUUUGAUCUUUAUCGCCAUUCUGGACUGCCAAGCAAGCUGGGAGGUGCGAUGACCAAAGUCUCUUACAACCCUGAUCAUACUCGCAGAAGGCUCGAUGAGAUACUAAGACCGUUCGUGGAAGCGAACAAAAACAAGUUUCCGGACUUGCCAGAGAGGGCAUUCAAGAAACAGCGUGAAGAAGGCGGAAGACCGCAGGCGAAUUGGCCGUAG